AUGGCGUCGACGAGUCUUCAGCUACUGGGCUUGGUGUUAGCGGUGCUAGGCUGGGUGUGUGGGACUCUGGUGUCUGCGGCCCCUCUGUGGCGCGUGUCCGCCUUCGUGGGUGGGGAGUUGGUGAUCGCCCAGGUGAUGUGGGAAGGACUCUGGAUGAACUGCCUGUCUCAGACCACAGGUCAGAUCCAGUGUAAGACGUACGACUCAACGCUGGCCCUGCCCACGUCCACCCAAGCCGCUCGGAGCCUCACUGUUCUCUCUCUGCUGCUCUGCAUUCUGGCCCUCCUACUUGGGGUGAUGGGGGCCAAGUGCACCCACUGCCUGGGUGACACUAACCAAGCCUCCAAGGCUCGCCUCGCCAGGCUAGCAGGGGUGCUCUUCAUCGUGGCUGGUCUGGCCUUUUUGAUACCCAUCUGUUGGACGGCCUAUUCAAUAAUCAGGGACUUUUAUGAUUUGAAUGUUGCAGCACCUCUAAAGAGAGAGUUGGGACCGGCGCUCUAUCUGGGCUGGGGCGCCAGUGUGCUUCUGCUGCUGGGGGGCGCUCUCCUGCACUUUGGUUCUUCUCCAAAAGGAGGAGGAUCACCGUCUGUUGGAAGAGCAGCAAAAGACAACCCUCAUUCAGGGGCAGCAGGAGAGGCAAAGCCACAGGAAAAAUCAUUUGUGUAAAAUGUGUUGUAUUUUACUGGAUGUAACAGCUGAGGGAAUUGUACUUGUCAUGUGGUUUUUUUUAAUGUUGUUUUACAUAAACAACAAGUAAAUCAAAUCGCACAAAAAAUCGGAUUUAUAAAUGGAUGGUUUUAUUCGAGUCACUGGGGGUGUUACAUACUGUGCUGUUUACUAAUGUGUAUAAUAUACAUUUGUCAAAUUUCACUCAGUCUCUGUGUGUGUAUGUGGCCACUAGAGUGGGUGGGAAGCACACAGAGGACUAGUGUACACCGUCAAUUUCUGUGUGUGUGUGUGUGUGCGUGUGUGUGUGUGUGUAUACGCUCGGGAGAGAACGGGAGAAUGAGAACGUGAGAGAAGCAAAGUACUGUUCCUGUUUAUUUGUGAAUUUUUAUUCUGGGUAAAGUAGUUGAAUUGUCAAGAUUAUGUCAAAUUAUUUUUUACACUUAUUUUUUACUCUUCAUUUUUUGGGAGUUUCGUUUUUGUCUGUAUUUCAAAUGUGUUGCUGACUGUCAUUAUUAACACAAUGAAAGUGCUAUUUACAAAUUUAGAUUUGCUCAUCUAAAUGUGUUUAACAUAAAUAAUUCUUAUUAUUUACUGCCUUGGUUUAAGUCUAAUAUUUUUUGUUUGUCAUAAAUAAUGAUCUAACAUCAAAUAAUAUUAUGCUAAGUGUAAUGUAUUGUUUAAUAGUUAAUUCUUUGUAGACACAAGUGUCCGUAGAUGUGUAUCUACCCAUUUUCAAAUCCUAUUUCAAUGUUAUUUGGAUGUGCAUUGGUAGGAUUUACAGUGUGUUUUGUAUUCGGUGAUUUUAUACCACGGAUUACAUAAAAAGGUUAGCACCUAA